AUGUUGAUUUUUCUCUUGCCUCUGGAUGCAUUACGCGCGCUCGGACUCGAACCCAGGUAUGUGUCCCAGUUCCAGUACGAUGAACAACUUCUGGAGAAGAUGAUCCGAAUGGAGGGCGAAAUGGACAAAUGGGAGGCUAGGAUGAAUGAGAAACUCGGGCAGAUCACACGCGUGACUUACGCAAACCUGUCGGACUUGCAGUUCACUCGAGUAAAACAGUUCAUAGAGAAUUUCAAAUCAGAAUCCGGAACAACUCCGAACAUUUUGUUUAAGGCCAAGCGAGUUCACAACGAGACAACGCUUGAUAAUGAAGUGAUUGUGUUCAAGGAUGUGCUUUACAACUUCGGUUCCGGGUACGACAGUUCAAGUGGCGUCUACACCGCACCAGUGCAUGGUACUUACUUGUUUACUGCGCGGUUGCUGUCAAAAAGCGAUGGAGCAGCGUUCUUUGAAAUAAACGUUAACGGCCACAUGCAUUCCAACGGAUCCCUGUUCAAUAGCAAAGGUUGGAGCUACGCCACGGCAGUGAAAAUCGUUGUUUGA